AUGGAAGGAUCGUCCGCGGACGACAAGACUCCGCGCGGGCGCAACGUGGCCCACGCGCGCGGGGGCAACAUGGGCGGAACGUUCCCCAUGCGCAGCCCGGGGAAGGCGGGAGCAGGCGGAGGGCAACAGCAGCACCGGGAUAAGAAAGGGCAUCAUCAUCAUUACCACCAUUCUAAACAUAACCUAGGCACGCUGCAGAAGCUACUGCCGUGGAUAACCAUCGGGUUACUCUCCCUCAUUGCCCUCGUGCUGCUGGGCUCCGCGCUUUUUCCAGGCUACAUCUUCAUGUGCCCGGAGACCAUCAUGCGGUUACCAGAGCACUGUGUGAAGCUCGAGAGCGACCCGGUGCAGCACGACUGGGUGUCCGCCGUCCUCCCCUUUGACUGCCUCCAAGCUCCCCAGUCCUCCCCCGUGAUCGCGCACCGGGUGGACGAUGUCAAGUAUGACUUCUUCUUGUCUCUGCUAGACUUUGGCACGAGGAGACGGCCGAACCGGAAUAUGGUUCGGCUGAUGGAGGACCGGCCGUUCCUGAAGCCGGAGCUAGCUGUGGCCAUGCAGUCGGUACUCGAGAUGCUGAUUGAGGCCAAAGCUGUGAGACCCGACUCUUUGGUCAUCGACGCGGGGGCGGGCAUAGGGGCGGCGGCGUUUGCAGCGGCAGCCAUGGGUGUGCGCGUGUUGGCGCUCGACCCUGUGCUGGCCAACGUGCUCAAGAUGUGCGAUGCGGUGCAUUUGAACCGGGUGGCAAAGAGAGUGAAGCUUCAUUUGGCUGCCGUGUCAGACAGUGUGGGCAACAUCACGAUCCAUAAUAUCCUAUCCAAUCUAGAGCACAGUGCAGUCACAGCAGCCGUGCUCACCCUCGCAUCAAAAGAUGCCCCUGUGAUUCCCACCACAGUGGAAUCCCUCCCUAUAGACUCCCUCGUUUUACCAGACCAGCAUGUGGCUGUAUUGAAGGUGACUGUACAGGGGUGGGAGCUCCAUGCUUUUAGGGGCGCUGCUGGGUUGCUCAGCCGCCCACCGAAAGAGGCGCCUUUUGUCCUUUAUGAAGAGGACAGGAUGUUGCUGCGGGCGGGGAACACGACGCCGGCUGCUGUGAGGGGGUAUUUGGCGGGGUUUGGUUAUAGUGAGUGUGACCAAGCACAUGGGCUUGUGCACUGUAGGAAAAAGGGUUCUCUGCUUGAUUCUUAA